AUGUCUGCUUUCAUGGCUGGUCCAGGAAACACAAAAAAGGUGGUGGAGAACCGGGCCCUGCUCUCCUGGAAACUGGGCUGCUCAUUGUACCAGAAUAGCGUGCCUGACAUCUGUGGCAUAGAAACCCCUGCCAAGGAGGGCACCAUGUCUGCCCAGCUCGGCUACCCUGUGGUGGGCUGGCACAUUGCUAAUAAGAAGCCGUGUCUCCCCAAACAUGUCCGACAGCAGAUCCAUGCCACACCCACCUCUGUUACUGCCAUUGGCACCCCAACUACGGCCAUCCAGGAGCCACCAUCCCGGAUCGUGCCCACCCCAACCUCCCCAGCCAUUGUUCCUCCCACAGAGACCAUGGUGCCUCCUCCUGUCAGGGACCCUGUUCCCGGAAGCCCACAGUCACCAGACAUUCAGACCGGAGGCGCCAUUAUUCAGACCCCAACCCUGGGCCCCAUCCAGCCUACUCGGGUGCCAGAAGCUAGCACCACAGUUCCUGGCCAGAUUCGCCCAACAAUGACAAUUCCUGGCUAUGUGGAGCCCACAGCUGUUGCUACCCCUUCUAGAACUACAACCAAAAAACCACAUGUGUCCACAUCAAAACCAGCAACACCCUCAACUGACUCAGCAACCACCACAACUUGCAGGCCAGCCAAGAAACCAUGGACCUUCAGGCCAGUGCCCCUGGCCCCGAACGGCCGGGCCGGGGGUGUGUGUGUGUGUGUUUGUGACGGGAGACAGUGGUGUGGAGGAAGCCGGCCGGAACCCCCGCGGGCGGCUGCACCUCGCCCCCCAGCGGGUGGCGGCCGGAGCAGGGGCGAGCGAGGCUUUGGCGGCGGCGUUGACGGUGUCUCUCCCAGAAUUCGGCGCGCGCCGCCGCCGGGCCCGGAACUGGCCGGCGAGCCUCGGUUGAGAGAGGCGCCGCGCCGCCGUGGAGCGAGCCCGGCCGCCGGCGUGUCGCUGGCACCGAGCUCCGCCGGCGUGAGGAGUCCCUGA